AUGUCCAGCGAAGCGGCGGAGUCGCUGUCCUGGAGGUGUUUAGGGAAAGAUUUGGCGAGGCACCCCGUGCUGUGGUGGUGGAUGUUCGGCCACGGUUCCACUCCGUGGUCCCAGGAAUUUUUUCCAGGCUCUUCGAUUCCCUCAUUCCGAGAACCAUCCGUUCCCACGUCCAGGAAAAGCACGGGGAUGCUCAGGCCACUGGAGGAGGGAUUUCUGCUGAGUACUAGGACUUUGUGGAGAUUGGGAUACUGUGCCAGACUACUGAAAACUAAUCAUUUUAGGACAGCUGCAUCAAAUACAUCAUUUCCAGCAGUUUGGAUGCUAUUAGCACAACAUUCUGGCAGAAUACCUGAGUUCUUUGUAGUAGUUAAAAGAAAUACUUUCUUCACAAUGCCCGAAACCUUGGAGGAUAAAACUAAUCCAGAACUGUAUUUGCCACAUCCUGGAGUGCGUGGGAUGACACUGCUCGACAGAGAGGCUUUCAAAAGGACAGUGGUUGUUCCAGCUCUUAAAGUCAAGAAAGAAAUUGUGCAUAAUGUGCUGAAGUCCCUAAAACAAUCAGUACUGCAGCGUCCCGGCCUCAAGCGGGUGGUGGAGGAUCCAGAGGAUGAGGACAGUAGAUUUGUUAUCCUGGAUCCCCAUAAAGUACCGGAAUUCUCAUUAGGAGAGUCAGAGCAACUGGUCUUGAAACAGCUCAGUGUCCAUCCUGAGGUGUCCAAGUACCGCCUGGAGCUGACCUAUGAGAAUUUCAAGUCGGAGGAGAUCCUGAGAGCCGUCCUUCCCGAAGGUCAAGAGGUCACCUCUGGCUUCAGCCGUGUUGGCCACAUUGCUCAUUUGAAUCUCAGGGAUCACCAGCUGCCCUACAGACACUUGAUUGGCCAGGUUAUAAUGGACAAGAAUCCGGGAAUCACCUGUGUAGUGAAUAAAACCAGUAUUAUUGACAGCACAUACAGGAAUUUUGAAAUGGAGGUGCUUGCUGGAGAGAACAACCUGGUGACCAAGGUCAAAGAAAAUAACAUUUCCUACGAACUGGACUUUUCCAAAGUGUACUGGAACCCGCGGCUGUCCACAGAGCACGGCCGCAUAGUGGAGCUGCUCAAGGCUGGUGACGUCCUCUUCGACGUCUUCGCUGGGGUCGGGCCUUUCACCAUCCCAGCAGCCAAGAGAAAGUGCCGAGUGUUUGCCAACGACCUCAACCCCGAGUCCUACAGCUGGCUCCUGCACAACUGCAAGCUCAACAAAGUGGACACCAAGGUAAAGGUGUUCAACAUGGAUGGCAGGGCCUUCCUGCGGGGGCCGGUGAGGGAGGAGCUCAGCAAAGAGCUCCCGCUCCUGAAAGAAGAACAGAAAACCGCUUUCCAUAUAGUGAUGAAUUUGCCAGCUCUGGCUGUGGAGUUUCUGGAUGUUUUCAGGCAUCUCUUGGUCGGGGAGCCCUGCAGCCCUGCUGGCCUUCCCACUGUGCACUGCUACGGGUUCUCCAAACACAGCAACCCAGCCAGAGACAUUCAGGAGCGAGCGGAAGCUGCGCUGGGAACCUCCUUGGCUGGACGCUGUUCCACUUUCCUGGUCAGGAACGUGGCACCCAACAAGGAGAUGCUGUGCCUCAGUUUCCAGAUCCCAGCAGAUGUGCUUUAUAAGAGGCCCUGCCCUGAUGAAGCAAAACCAGCCUCGAAACGUCUGUGUACCAGCCAGGAUUCUUCGGAAGAGAAGGUACUGAGUUGAAGACCAGAGCUAUGGUAACUGUUUUAGUUUGUGUGAAAGGUAUUUGGGGUGUCUUUACCACUGGAGUUACAAGGAGCAGACCUGUGCUCCCAUCGAGUUGCAGCUUUCCUUUGGAAGCCUUGCUUCCUGCA